AACAUAUUUUGAUAUUAUAAAUUAUAAUAUAUUCGACGAUCGCGAUACGAUUUUUUACGAGCGCAUCCGGUGACAUUGUACUGUUUUGUAGGGUUUUCAUUCCGUUUGAUUUCAACUGUGGUGCGUUGUUAUUAUUAUUAUUAUUAUUAUUAUAUUAUAAUAUAAUUACCUCCGCGCACGACCGCCUCGGCAACUACGGUCGCGGUUUAUCGCGGUGGUAGCGCGAAUGAAUAAUAUAAUAAUAUGUAGUUUUAAAUGGACGAACCGACGACGAUGAUGACGUCCUUUGUGAGUCAAUUAAUAAACUCGUUUUCAAACUGCACCGCGUUCUGUUGUAGUACACAAUAUCAUUACAAUAAUUCACUGCAGUAAUACAUUGUUAUAUUAUGUAUUAAUGUAAUUAACGUUUGGCGACUCGCAAGACUGCGAAGAUUAUACGACUAGUGACUACGUACCUAUCGAACAAAUUUAUUUUGUUUCGCGACGAAAUAACGACGACGAGAUAAUUGCGUACAUAGAAUUGUUAAUCAUUAAAACAUGAGACAACAGGGAUGGCUGCGCAUUUUGGCGUUUUUAGCUUUUUCAUGGGUAGCAUUCCUUUUGGUGACUGUUAAGCUUGUAAGGCAACAAGAUACCAACGACGGAGAUUCAUCUCAAAGACUGGCCAGGGCUCUUCGAGAACUUGAUAAAUUACAUAAAAGCAAUGCUGAGCUUAAUGCUUUAGUAUUGGAUUUGAAUUACAAUCCAAGAAUAGACAACAAGAAAAUUCUUUUGUCUUAUUUCCAAAAUUCUAAACGAAGUGGACUAAAUGGUCCAUCUGAAGAAUAUGAACUUUCACGUCGUCGUAUAUUUUCAAACACUAAAGAACUUUGGUACUAUGUCAACUCUGAAUUGCAAUCCUUGGUCAAAGAAGAUGAUGGUGUCACAGUGGAACACAUUUCAAAAAUGAAGAACAUUAUUGGUGAACACUAUAGAUCUUUAUUAAAAGAUGUAUCAAAUUUAGCUGAUGUUGAUGGUCAUACAGUAUGGAGACAACAGGAAUCUGAAAAUUUGAGUAAUUUAGUCCAAAAAAGAUUGAAACAUUUACAAAAUCCAUCAGAUUGUGCCAAAGCAAGAAAACUAGUUUGUGACUUAAAUAAGGGUUGUGGAUAUGGUUGCCAACUGCAUCAUGUUGUUUAUUGUUUUAUUGUUGCAUAUGCGACAGAAAGAACAUUAAUUUUGAGGUCUAAAGGUUGGAGGUAUUCCAAAGGAGGAUGGCAAGAUGUAUUCUUACCGUUAAGUGAUACAUGUCUUUUACCAAAUGGAGAAACAACCAAUCGGUGGCCAGGUCAUCGAAAUACUCAAGUUAUUACUCUACCUAUCAUUGACUCAAUCAACCCAAGACCUCCUUUCCUUCCUCUUGCAUUACCUGAAGACUUAGCUCCACGAUUAAAUGUAUUGCAUGGAGAUCCUGUGGUUUGGUGGAUAGGACAAUUUCUCAAGUAUAUGCUUCGACCACAACCAGCUACUAGUAAUAAACUAGAUGAAUAUGCCAAAAAAGUUAAAUUCCAAAAACCAAUUGUCGGAGUGCACAUUAGAAGAACUGACAAAGUUGGUACUGAAGCUGCAUUCCAUAAACUAGAUGAAUAUAUGGUACAUGUUGAACAAUAUUACAAAUAUAAAGAACUAACUGAUAAAGUCGAUAAAAAAAGAGUUUAUUUAGCUACAGAUGAACCAAAAUUAUUUUCUGAAGCUAAACGCAAGUAUCCUGAGUAUGAAAUAGUUGGGGAUGAAGACAUUUCUAAAACGGCAUCAAUCAGCAAACGCUAUUCAGAUCAAUCGCUAAGUGGUAUCAUAACUGACAUACAUUUUUUGUCUCUUAGUGACUACUUAGUAUGUACUUUUUCAUCACAGGUGUGUCGAGUAGCCUAUGAAAUUAUGAAUAGUCUCCAUCCUGAUGCGUCAACUCUAUACACAUCUUUAGACGACAUUUAUUAUUACGGUGGUCAAAAACGCAGACUUCAUGUAGCUGUAUUACCCCAUAAGGCUAAUGGACCGCAUGAAAUGAAUUUACUAAUCGGUGAUGAGAUUGCUGUUGCUGGUAACCAUUGGGAUGGUUAUUCAAAGGGAACAAAUUUAAGAACCAAAGAAAGUGGCUUAUAUCCUACAUUUAAGGUGUCCCCGAAAAUCGAAACUGCGUCUUUUGCCAGUUAUCCAGAUGUAACAUUAAGUACUAAUGAAUUACAAGAACAAAAAAGGUAACUACGAUACUGACAAUAUUAUAAUAUAGACUUAUACAAAUAGGCAACAGUUAUGUGCUCAUUAUACCCCAAAGCUUGGACAAUUAUAUUUUACCUGAUAAAUAACAUAUACAUACUACUAUAAUUUUUAAAUUAUUAAAUUAGGUACAAAUAAUUGUAGUGCAAUUAAGUUUAACUUAUUAUUAUUUAAUUGUAUUACAGUUAAAUUAAUUUCAAUUUUACUGUGAUCGCAUCUUAGUUUAAUAUUAAAUAUUAAUUAUUUUUUGCUCUCUACUGUAUUAACUAGUCUUUAUAUGCUACUUAAAAUGGCACUUGUAUUGUUAUGCUAUAUACCAACAAAUUAUUACUGUCAUAUUAUGCUAUUUAUUCCCAAAGAAACUGUUAGAAAAAAUAGUACAUCACAUACUUAAUGUUUAUUUUUUAAAUAACUAUAUUUAAAUAUAUUUUUGGAUUUUAUGUAUAAUAAUAUAAAUAUAUAUUUAUUUUAGUAGUCUGUAUCUAAAGUAAAGUAAUUAAUCAAGAAACUAUCAGACACAUAUUUGUGUUCACUAUUUAUUUAUAAUAUUUAUUUAUUUUAUAGUUAUAAAAGAUAAUCCACAUUAUUAUUGAAGUUCUAAUUUUGAUUAUUAUAAAAAAAAAAUCUGAAGUCAGUGUUAACAGUGUUUAGAGGUUUAUUGGAAAUAUUUAAGUAAACUGGAUGUCUUUAUAGAUGAAGCUUCUGGUCUCAAUAGUAGAAUUGUAUCUAAGGACAGUAGUUUUAAAUGUUUUACUAUAAUAAUAUGUAGAAGGUUAAUAACAGGGGCGUGUAACCAAAAAUUUUUUAAGGGGUGUUUUUAUUUGAUAUUUAAAUUUAACUUGUGGAGUUGUAUACCCUCUAUUGUUGUCAUCAAUCUUCAUAAGAUCAUUCAAUUAUUCAAAAAAUAUAUAUUUUAACAUAAUAUAUCAUUAUUAGUGACUCAUUAGCCCUUAUAGAUAACAUAUCAACAAAUUGAUGGUAAAAUAGCAUACACUCAAGUGCCUAUAAAAUUGAUCAUGACCAAUACGUUGAAACAACUAAAUAUUUUUGUCUUUUCUCUUGUUAUUAAUUUGUUUGUUUGAUUUAUUUUAUGUAUGUUACAUAC